UGGCACACAAAAACCAUAGAAAACCACUAGCAGUAGCUUUCAGCCCCUGGUUUGUUUUCUAUUCCUUGGGCGUUUCAAGCUUCCUAUAUAUAACAACCUCCUUCACUCUUCUUUCUCCACCAAAACACAAGAUACACUUACCAGUAAUCAAUUUUCUCUGUCAUCUAAAUAGCCACAAAAUCUCUUAUUACAUUCAAGAAUCAUUACUUAAUACACAAGAUGAGUUCAACAGUAAGCAGAGCAUGGGCAGCUGCAGCAAGUGUUGGAGUUGUGGAAGCAUUGAAGGAUCAAGGAAUAUGUAGAUGGAAUCAUACACUAAAAUCAGUUCAUAAUCAUUUGAAAAACAAUGUCAGAUCAUUUUCUCAAGCAAAGAAGCUUUCAUCAUCUUCUUCUACUUCUUCUGCUAUGGUUUCUAAUUCAAGCAAACAAAAAGCGAAUGCAAAGCAAUCAGAGGAAUCUUUGAGGACAGUCAUGUACUUGAGUUGUUGGGGUCCCAAUUAAGAUCAAUGUACAAGAUAUUUUAAAAUGCAAUUUUCAAUUGAAUCAUUGAAGGAAGAUAAUAUUUUGAUCAAGAUUAAUUGAGUCUUUGAAAUGAUUCAAUUUUUAAGAUGAAUAGAAAUUUCAAAUUUGUAUA